CAAUACCUGUGUGAGCCCCAAUAUGCCAAUAAUGCAUGGACGUAUUUUAUAUGCGAAACCGAGCCCCUCACCAUCGGGCUGGCAAGGUUAGUGUCCAACAGUGUUGGGAACCUGACCUUCCCGGAGGUGAUGUCCGGACACAAGUUAUCAUUUCCGGUCAAGGACUUGCUAACACCUUAUCGUCCUUGGCCCGACAUCCCUUUGGAGUAUUGGCGGUCACGCAGCCAAAUGCCAUCAGCGACGGGAGUUGGCAAAGGAUCUGUUCAAUCUGGCCCAUCCACUCUAUUUCAAUAACCAAGAUUUUCAUCACUUAGCUCUACCUACCUGCCUUUGUACUAUCUGUAACUCACCUCUUACCUUUUUUCAUGUGCUUUGAACCAAUUCUAGUCAUACUCAUUGUGACAUCACUUUCCAGUCAACUAUUUUAUUGCCUUUACCUUCUUGACAUUUUUCUUGUUUUAUCAACAAACCUUUGUAUAAUGUAUAUAAAUCAGAUUUUAUUUUGUCUCGAACACUCUCAAAAUCAUUCAGUCGGAUGUCUAACACCAUCCCCAAAUUUGACUUUAGGACGCAGUUACAAAAAUAUAAUGCAAAGUUAGAGAAAGAGUAAAUCGACCCAAAAGCAUAUAACUCGUUUGAACCAUAUGAACUGGCCAAAGAAAUCGAUUGAUGAGGUGUGAAUGAUAAAACAGUACGUUGAAAACCCUUUUUGUUAGCUGGCAAAGUGUGAACAAGAUUAUUCAAUAGUAAUCAUUACAAUUCAGGCUUAAAAAGCACAUGAAAGUAUUGAAAGCGAUUUAUCAAUUCCGAAACAUUAAGGAGAUUAGUUUUACAUCAACAUUUUGCUUUUUUUUUUGCUUUUUGUAAUUUCUCUAUCACGCCAUUCUUUUGUUUGUUUCCAUCGUGUUUCUUCCCCUUUUUCUUCCUUUCUAAUGCAUGCCUAUUCGGCCCAGUGUGCUUUCUCAUAAGAAAGCCGAGAAUUGAUUUUUGGUAACGAACACUAACAAAUCAGAGGAUGGAGUCAAAAUAUGUAGAGGAGGAUAUUUCGGAAAAUCCAGGCUCGUCUUCCGAUCACGGGAGUAAUUUAGAGGACUUCGAAGAUCAAACAAGCACACACACACCCUUCGAUGGUAUUGAGCCUGUUCGAGGUUAUGAGUUAGUGUCAUUUGAUGCAAUGAAUGUUCCACCACCCGUCAUUCAAGUCGACGAGAUCCCUUCAGAGGUUGAUGGACAACAUGCAAUCAGUAUUGUGGAAAAUGACGCUCGAAUCACUGAAGAGCUUGCUCAGAUUGCUUUACUAGCCCAUUUGAAACAGCAUUGCUGUUAUGGCCAAGCUGCUGCAAAACACAUGAAAGUGAAACGCCUUGACUAUAUACCUGCGUAUCAUUACGAACUCCAAACUUUCACAGAAAAACGUGAGACUGCUUGGACUUUUUCAGCAAUUAAACCCAACGUCUAUGAGGAGCAAUCUUCCUUGGGUUUUCCUCCAUUGCCUUGGGAUAUUGAUGCAGUUCCCAGUCAACCUUUCAAAGACGAAGUGAGACUGAUUCCAAUCCCUAACACGUCAGCAAUAAAAGCCUGUCAUCGAUGCCGUGGCACUGGUGGGGUCACAUGCCGCGAUUGUGCCGGAAAAGGUUGGUAUCGAUGCAUUCAUUGCCAUGGAGAUGGAUGGAUUGCCGACUCAGGUGGACACAGGGAGAGAUGCUUUUAUUGCCACCAUUCCAAGCAAGGACAUGGCCAUCAAGAUUGUGGCAAAUGUAAUACGAAAGGAAAAGUGAAUUGUGCCACUUGUGAAGGUCAGGGACAAAUCAGAUGUUUUAUACAGCUUUCGAUUACGUGGAAGGUCCACACUGCCGAGCAUAUUGUUGAUCACCUAAGCCUUCCACAGGACUUAAUUCGUGACGUUUCAGGACAAGUUGCGUUUGAAGAAGAAUCCGCGGUCUUGAAGCCAAUUCGUUCAUCGUCGAACGAAGAUAUUUCUAAAGCCUCCUCUUUGAUUGUCACAAACCAUUGGAAUUCAUUAGCUGUUGACCAAAAAGUUAUUAAACAACGUCAUCAAAUACGUAUUGUGCCUUUAACGAAAGUUGUGUAUGAAUGGAAGCAGAGAGAGCAUCAUUUUGUGGUCUACGGCUAUGAAAAUCAAGUGUUUUUAAAAGAAUAUCCCCAAAAUUGUUGCUGGGGCUGUGCUUUGAUGUAAGUUGCACAAUAAAUGUACGCAUGGAAA